AAGUUCAUGGGUGGAGUUUAUUGGCCAACGGACCCCAUCAUCUUCUUCAUCAUCAUCUCUUCACCCACUUUCUCCCCAAUUUAUAUUCUCUCUCAUCUCUCUUAAUUAAUAACCGAUCAAAACGUAUUCUUCGAUUUAAUCAUCUGGGUCUCCCUAAAAAUUCCACCUUUCGAUCUUUCUCUCCAUGGGCAACAUCAGCAGCGGAGGAGACGACGGUAGACGCAGCCGUAGACAACGGCGGAGCAAUUCCCUUCCAACAUCUUCUCCACCACAACAACCACCGCCACCACCUAAUCGCAUCGUCUUCGCCGCGGCUACACCGUACCCAAACCCUAAUUACCAGUACCCUGGUUACUACCCUCCUCCUCCUCCUCAGGCACCUUACGACCAUCACCACCACAUCCACUAUCCUCCUCCUCCGCAUCCGUAUCACCACCCUUACGGAAGAUACCCUUACGGUGGUGGACCCAUGAUGCCUCCGCAGCUUCCCUGCGUCGAACAUCAGAAAGCCGUCACGAUUCGUAACGACGUUAACCUCAAAAAGGAGUCUCUAAAACUCGAACCCGACCCGGAUAACCCGGGUCGGUUCCUCGUCUCCUUCACGUUUGAUGCUACCGUCUCCGGAAGAAUCACAAUUAUUUUCUUCGCUAAAGAAACCGAACAAUGCGUCCUCACAGCUACAAAGGAAGACACUUUACCACCGAUCACCAUGGAUUUCGAGAAAGGCCUCGGUCAGAAGUUCAGACAGCCUCCCGGUUCGGGCAUAGAUCUGUCGUUAUUCGAAGACGGUGAGCUCUUUAAGGCGGCGACGUUGGAGACAGAUGUGUAUCCGUUGGCGGUUAAGGCAGAAGCAGCAGUUACUUCAGAAGAAGCAGAAGAGGAGGAGAGUAAGAACGCGCAGAUUACUCAAGCGGUUUACGAGAAGGAGAAAGGAGAGGUUAAGAUAAGAGUGGUGAAGCAGAUACUCUGGGUUAACGGGACUAGGUACGAGCUGCAAGAGAUUUAUGGGAUUGGGAAUACGGUUGGUGGGGGUGAUGAUGAUGAGGCUGAUGAUGAUGGUAAUGAUGAUCCGGGGAAAGAAUGUGUUAUUUGUUUGUCUGAGCCACGAGACACUACUGUGCUUCCAUGUCGACACAUGUGUAUGUGUAGCGGAUGUGCUAAGGUGUUGAGGUUUCAGACGAAUCGAUGCCCGAUUUGCAGGCAACCUGUUGAAAGGCUUUUGGAGAUACAAGUUCAUGGUAAUAGUGGGAGUGGGAAUAAUACAGAGCAAGAAGGAGGAACAGCUGAACAAGAGUAGCCAAACAUAUCUUAUAUGCAUGUUUGAUCCAUGUGUAACAUGUUUAACAAUAAAAUGUCCUGAUUCCCAAUUUUAUAAUAUAGAAAUUUCAAAGUCAUCUUGAUUCAUUCACUA